AUGAUUGAAGAAGCAACAGGAACGGACUGUCGAGCUCAUUCCAGAGAUCACUUUGCUCGAAACCGUCGUGUUUUGGCGCCAAAUCACUCGGGCGACAGAAAUUAAAGUAAAAGGCUUCGACCGGUUAAUCUGAUCGUGCACGUCGACGCCAGGUGGUUGUCCGUUCCCGUCGACGUCUCGACGUCGCUUCCUCGCGGCGCUCUAACCUAUAUCGAACCCUAUUUCCAAGGGUCAGAUCCUCGUAGUCAGGAGUCGUUCGGGAAUUUUAACGGUCCACACAUUGUUCUCCCGUUGAUUUUUUUCCUUGGGAAAAUGGAGGACUCGAUGACGGCGCGGCUGAAGAAGCUGGUGACGGACGGCAACGAAGCCCUGGAGCUCAGGUUGAUCCGCAACCUUAACGACCUGCACUCGGAAGAGGCUGUCUUCAAGCCAGAGAUGACUUAUCAGGUGUUCGGAGAUAGGGAGAUAAUAUUUGGUUAUCUGGAUUUGAAAAUACACCUGUUCUACUCAGCGGGUUGCUUGGAAACGUAUCUGGGAAUGAAAUAUACCGAGAAGGUAAACGCAAAGCUCGAAGGAGUCGAAGCCGACGAGGUGUUAUCAAAGAUCGCACCAAAGCUCGCCCCCGACGUUCACUACAGCUUAGCCAACUUCACCAAGGCACUCGCCAAGGAUGAUACAUUCACACCGUACGGAGAAUUGAUACACUCUUUCUCGCUAGACGAUGAAGGUACAGCGAGGCAAUUUGUGGUCUACAAGGCCGAUAUGGGUUACAAAGGAUUUAAGGAGUAUCAUCAAAGGAUUCAAACAUUCCUUCUUUGGUACAUAGACGCAGCUCUUUUCAUCGAUCUUGACGAUGAACAGUGGCAGUAUUUUAAUUUAUUCGAAAGAUAUACCACGCCUAUGGGUACCACUCGAUAUGCGACGAUUGGUUUCGCAACUGUAUAUCGAUAUUACGCUUAUCCGCAACACAUUCGUCCGCGCAUCGCUCAAUUCUUAAUUUUACCGCCAUUUCGAAGGAUAGGUCUUGGCAAACAUUUGCUGCAAGCGAUUUAUCGCGAAUACAUUGCAAUGCGUGAAGUUAAAGAUAUAACGGUGGAAACUCCGUCCGAGGUAUUCCAACGACUACGAAACUACGUAGACGCCUUAAACUGCAGCGCACUGUCCAGUUUUGCGCCAAAACGUUUAAAGCAGGGUUUCGACAAUGAAAUGAUCGUUGAGGCUAGGAACAAAUUAAAAAUAAACAAGAAACAGGCCCGCGUAGUGUACGAAAUCCUACGAUUGCUGGCGACAAAUGUCGCGGACGCGGAAGAAUAUCGAGCGUACAGAAUAGACGUGAAGAAGAGACUGAAUAUACCGUUUAAGAGAAAACAAAAUGAGGAGCUGAAAAUAGAACGCGCGUUGAAGAAUACCGCGGAGAAGAGCACGUGCACGAACGGCAACGGUCUACCAUCCGACGAGCAACGUAGAGAGAUACUAGAAAAGGAAUACCGGAUCUUGGAGGAGGAAUAUAAGAUGGUCAUUGAACGAUUGGAGUCCGAACUGUGAAAAAAUGUGUGAAAUGAUUACGAAUUGAUUAAGAAAUUUUUUAAGCUGUGAAAAUUACAAAAUUAUGUCGAUAAUUUCCAAUGUUUUAUAUUUGUGUAUAGACAUAUUGUCUUCAUUAAAUUUGUCUUGCUUUUCUA